AUGGCUUUUCUAGCCAUCCUCGUAUCAUCAAUGCUGGUCCUCGCAGAGCUACCGACGCCCACGCGAUCCCAUGGAUCUGACGACCGGCGAAUCGAUCCCCCCAGGGAAUCUCGCGACGCGGACGCCAGUAUGUACAUCGUGCGCCUGCAUUCCGCGCCCCCGCUCGCUGCAUAUCGCGGCGAAAUCGCUGGAUAUCCCGCCAUCGUAACUACCAACAGCGUCGACGAUCCAGAUGAUGACGGGGAGUACGACUCAUGGCCGACGUUGCGGCGGCCCGUUGGCGCGACGACGGGCUCCGCAGAUUCACGAAGUGAAGCAGACAGCAGUUCUGGGAAUCUGACGCUUGAGAAUACAAGCAGUCUGAAGGAGCCUCCGGAAAAUCUUGCGGUUGGGCGGGCGCGGAUGAGCAUGCGCGCCUCCCACGUGCGCGCAUACGCGGAGUUUCUGGCCCAGAUGCAGGCAGAGGUCGCCGCGGAAGUCGGUAUCGCGGCGGAUAAUAUCGCGUACAGCUACAAGCACAUCAUAAAUGGCUUCGCCGCGCUGCUCUCUCCCGCGCAACUCCGCAGCCUCGCGCGCCACCCUGCCGUCGCCUCCGCGCGCCCCAGCCGCCCCCUCCGCCCCGACACCAUCGACUCCCCCGCGUUCUUAGGGCUCGCGGAACUCGCAGGCGCGCGCAACCGCGCCAACCGCGGAAGCGGGGGAGUGUGGCGCGCGCUUGGCGGGCAGCGGAGGGCGGGGGAAGGGAUGGUGGUGGGGGUUAUAGACUCUGGAAUUUGGCCCGAGCAUCCGUCGUUUAGCGACAAGAAUUUCAGCGCGAUUCGGCCAAACGGAUGCGCGGCAGCGGGCAACAGCGGCGUGGCCAUGGCGGGCGGCAGGGCGAGCGGCAUGGCGCCAGCAGCGCGCCUCGCGGCCUACAAGGUCUUCUGGUACUCCCAAGGCGACCGCCCGGAGAUGCGCGCUCUGGGCGGCGAGUCUGCGGAUCUUCUGGCGGCGGUGAAUCAGGCUGUAGCGGACGGCGUGCAUGUGAUGUCCAUCUCCCUCUCGGCCGACGACCCCGAUGCCACGUAUAUUGAUGACGUGGCAUACAUGAACGCGAAUCUGCAGGCCAAGGCGGGGGUAACGGUGGUGAUGUCAGCGGGCAACAACGGGGCGCCUCUGUCAAACCCCCUGGGCACAUACCGCACCGUUAGCAACUUCUCACCCUUCUACCUCACCGUGGGGGCAAGCUCCAUUACACGAGGAGGAGUAUCCCUCGCCACCUCACCCACACCAGACGUCGAAUACGGGAGCCGCCACGCCUCCAACAGCCUCUUAAAGCCCGACGUCAUCGGCCCAGGGGUCGACCUCUGGGCGGCAUGGGUCGGCACAGUCCCGGGGAAGGCAGGGGGGAGGGGCGGGCGAGGGGGGGAGGCGUCUCAGCUGUCGGGGACGUCGAUGGCGACGCCUCACUUGGCGGGCAUUGCUGCUCUCAUCAUGCAGAAGCACCCCAAGUGGAGCCCCGCGCAGGUCAUGUCCGCCAUUAUGACCACUGCCAUAACUAGGAACACCAAGGGGAGGAGAAUUUUGAAUGAGCGUGGUGUGGCUGCUACCCCUUGGGAGAUGGGAUCCGGGCAUGUGUUUCCCCAGAGGGCUUUGGACCCUGGGCUGACCUACAAUGCCCGGAGAUGGGCUUAUGUGAAUUUUCUUGCUGGGCAGGAUUAUCGGGCAGCAAAGAAGGAGUUUCCAAGGGCGAAACUUAACCGGAAGAAGGCGUGGAAUUUGAACCGGCCAACGAUUUCGGUGGCGAGGUUGAAAGGGUCGGUGGAUGUGUUUAGAACGGUGGCCGUCACGGCUCUCUCUUUCAGAACCGCAGUUAGGGGUGCUGCUCUCUCCACCCCCAAUCUAGUGGCUGUCGCGCCGAUCGCCCCUCGCGGGCUCGGCGUCUCCGCCCUCCUAAACUUCAACAAUUCCGCAGCUCCCUCUAAGAACGUCCCCGUUAAGAAGCAGCUACGAACAGAGGAUGGAAUUUUCGGCACUUCGGGAGGGUUCGGCUUCACGAAGGCCAACGAGCUCUUCGUGGGGCGCGUCGCGAUGCUCGGCUUCGCCGCGUCGCUCCUCGGCGAGGCCGUCACGGGGCAGGGUAUUCUCUCGCAGCUCAAUCUCGAAACCGGCAUUCCGAUCACGGAAGCCGAGCCACUCUUACUCUUCUUCAUCGCAUUCACCGUGCUCGGCGCGAUCGGCGGGCUGGGCGAUCGCGGGCGGUUCGUGGACGACGAGCCGGCGGGGCCGCCCGUGAAGCCCGGGAGCUUCAAGUCGGCUCUGGGGCUGAGCGAGGACGGGCCGCUGUUUGGAUUCACCAAGGCGAAUGAGCUGUUCGUGGGGCGCAUGGCGCAGCUAGGGUUUGCCGCGUCGCUGAUUGGCGAGGUGGUGACGGGGCGGGGUGCGCUGGCGCAGUUGAAUAUUGAGACGGGCCUGCCGGUUUGGGAGCUGGAGCCGCUGCUGCUCGCGAGCAUCGCGUUCUUCUUCGUCGCGGCGAUUAACCCCGGUACAGGAAAGUUCAUUAACGAUGAAGAGUGA